UCUGCACGUUCCACAUGCGCUUCAGCUGCGCUCCGCUCAUGGACCCCCACUCAGAGCACCAAUAAAAGCCACCAGAAUACCACUGACAGCUUCUGUUGAGUAGAGGUGGCAUUAUUUAACAGUGUCUUGAAAGACGAGCUUGUGACAUUAGAUAUCACUCUGAAAAACUUGAACUUUCACGAUUUGAAUGCAUCAAGCUCAAGCCAAUAUGCCAUUUCUUCAGCAAACACUGGAUACGCAGUUGGAAAGACUAGCUUUGGAGCAGGUCGUGCCCGCUCUAUUGGACCAGGGCUUCUUUUUCGUGGACCAUUUUUUGGGGGAGAUAGCGGGACAUAUGGUUUUAGGUCAGGUCAAACGAAUGCAUAAUUGCGGGCUCCUGAACGACGGCCAGCUGGCGGGGAGAAGCAGUGGAGUUUGCAGGAGAAACAUCAGAGGAGACAAAAUAGCCUGGGUUAAUGGGACCGAAAAGGGCACAGAGGCUGUGAAUUUCUUAUUACAACUCAUAGACAAGCUUAUUUCUCUAUGCGUCGAGCGACUGGGCAAAAGAAUUCGUGCAAGGUCAAAGGCGAUGGUGGCUUGUUAUCCAGGAAAUGGAGCUGGAUACGUGAAACAUGUAGAUAACCCUAAUGCAGACGGUCGCUGUGUCACCUGUAUUUACUAUCUGAACAAAAACUGGAAUGCCAAGGAGCAUGGGGGAAUAUUAAGGAUCUUUCCGGAUGGGAAAUCUUACGUGGCCGAUGUUGAACCCUUAUUUGAUCGACUUCUGCUUUUCUGGUCUGAUCGAAGAAACCCUCAUGAAGUGCAACCAUCAUACGCUACGAGGUAUGCAAUCACUGUGUGGUACUUUGAUUCAGAGGAAAGAGCCGAAGCAAAAAGGAAAUUCAGAGACCUUACAGCCACAUCUCAAGAAGGCUCCUCAUCUUAACAUACAGACACACCAGACUUUCUCCUCUAUGAGGAUGUUUUUUUUUUGGUUUCUUUUCCUUUUUGUAAUGCUUUUUGCACUAGAGGUACCCCCCCCCCCGCCCCCGCCAUUUAUAUUAUGUAUGUGAUUUACAUUGCUUGAAUACAGUCCUUAAAAUCAGAGAAGAGUAAUUUUUAGUAACAUGCUGCUAAUAUCAAGAAGUUUUUUUUACAAUGUGAGAUUCUUUGUACUAAUUAAUGGACUAUUAUUGUAUUUGUGUUUAUUGUUAUCAAAUUGUUAAGACACUUUUUCAGAAAUAUAUGGCUUUCAAAAUAUGUGUAUAAAAGAACUAUACAACUAGAUGACCUUUGUAUAAAUAUAACGGUAGUAUAUUGUUCAUAUAAGAAGUUUGUGUUACAAGUACAUUUUUGUUAUAUUUGGUAUUUUUGUGUUUAUGGUUAUUGGCACAUAUUAUUUGUAUCCUCAGUGAGAAGAUCUUUUUAACAAAGAAAGGAAACAUAAGAAUUUGUAAUUGCCUUCAUGGUCGGUUGAUUUGAACUUGUAAAUGUGUGAUUAUAUAUUUACAAAUAGAUGCUUUAUUAUUUUUUAAUACCAUCAUUACAUUUGAAACCACAUGACAGUUUGAUAUUGAAUGAGACUCCCUUAACUAGAGAUGCUUAUAGAAGUUAUUCUGUACUGUGUUCACAAUAGUGUUUUUUGUUGUUGUUGUAAAGUAUAACAUUAAAACACCAUAACUUUUGAAGCACUUAGGGUAAUGAUAUUGCUUUAAAUGUUCGGUCCUAGUGUGUAUCAUGUUGAAUUUACCAGCUUGCAUGCGGGUCAGCAAUGCUGCUCAACCACACUCUUGGAUUGUAUUGGACAGUUGUUUAUACCACGUGAAGCAUUAUACAAUUUGAGCAAAGUAGAGAAACAUCUCUGCUGUUUCUUUAUGUAACACCAUUCCUGGACAUUAACUAUUAAUUAUGUGUGCAGUUUGGCUGAUGUACUGUACACCAAUUGAGUUUUGACAUGGUAAAAUUAAACCAUUUGAAAAGUGC